AUGGCCAUGGGCAUCUCGUCACCAGCUUCUCUCCUGGGCGCCAAAGCCGCGCCCAGUGCGGUACGGGCUAGGGGCGCUCGGUCCCGGUUUGUAAUCCUACUCAGCAGGCAUUCCCGAACGAGACGAGAUGCGCGAACCUACUCGGCGAACGGGUGCUUCACGGCGUCUCAAGCAGUCAAAAACGAAGCUGACGAAGAUUCCAUGCGCGAUGAAAGGGCGUAUGUCGAUCCCGGGAGGCUUCGAGUCGCGUCCAAGCCCUUCACCCGAGAACGUGGGGGACGAGGUGAAGAAAACGGAUUGGGGAGAGCCUUUGCCAAAUCCGUUGGGGUCCUCACGCUCGCACUCGCGGCCCUCGCCGCGCCGCUCGCGUCACCUCGAGCCGCACACGCCGCCAAAUCUAGCGCAGCCGCAACGGCCGCGGCGCCGGAACAGAAGUACACCUUCAAUCCUAACCUCAUCAAGCUCCCACCAGCGCUGACGGACAAAUUUGACGCCGCGCUGGACGCAGUCAGCAACGAGGCUCAAGCCCUCGGCCAGGGGAUCAAGGCGCAGAUGAACGACCCGUGGUCCGUCGAGGACGUAUGGCUCCUGCUCGUGUGGUCAUACGCCAGGACCAAGGGUCGACGCAAGCUUUGGGACAAGUUGAACGAGAACAACAAGGCUGAAGACGCCGCCGCGUUCGACAAGUCAUUCCUUGGUUGGCUCGACGGACCGAUGAAGGCUGUCUGGUUCUGCUGGCUUGUGUUGUACGUGCACGACGUGUUCAGCAAGAUUUUGGUCAUACCCAUCGACGACCUGGGCUUCGAUAUCGGGGUCUACAUACUCACCAGCGGGGCGCUCGCGAUCAUGACCACCAGCCGGUACCUUCCGGCGUUCCUCGAGACCCGCUUUAAGAUCAUGGAGGUGGCGCUCAAGACGGUCAUCACGCGCCUCGCGACGAUCGCCAUCGGCGUGGUGUCAGUGCUGAAUGCUGGUGUGUGCUUUGGUCUUCCCGCGUCCUCGAUCCUUGGAGUAUCCGGCGUCGGGGGUCUGACCUUUGGCCUCGCUGCGAAGGAUAUUCUCUCAAAUUUCAUGGGUGGCACGAUCCUCGCCAUCAUGCGUCCGUUCACCGUCGGUGAGGAGAUUUUCAUCACGGGAGGGUCCAACUUCCGGGGCAGUGGCGAUCCGUCGGUCAGUGACUAUCUUGUGAAGGAGAUCGGCUGGUACCAGACCACGCUACUGGCAAAGGACACCAAGCCCACGACUGUUCCAAACGGUUUCUUCCUCGGCACCAACGUGAUCAAUGUCACUCGAGCGACCGCCAGGGUGCUCAUCGUCGAUCUCCGUGUGUUGUACCAAGACCGAGACAAAAUAUACACGAUAUGCGAGGAGCUCGAGGAGUAUUUGCGAGGCAGCGACCUCAUCGACAGCGUCAAUUUCCCGGUUAGAGUCAACCUCACCAGCGCAAAAGCUGACUGCCUGAAUGUUCAGGUCGAAACGCACAUCUACAAGCUGCCCUUGGACAAACAUCUGAAAGCCAAGAUGAAGACCAUGAUGGACAUGAUGGACAUCGUUGACGGGCACACAUCUGGAGUCGCUUAUCCCGUGGAAGUGCAACUGGAAACCCUCCCUGCUUUGUCCGGCAAAAAGUGA